AUGUCCACUACAGCCGCUCUUCAUGCCCGCCUGAAGGAGCUGUCGACUACGCUGGGGCAGAUACAUCCUCUUGUUGAUCGACUGCGCAAUUUCACCGCUUCUCUUGGGCAAGGUGAUGAGGCCCGUGUGGAACUGGGUUCUGAGAUCCACUCCCGAUUGAAAGAUGCAGAAGAUGAACUGGAGCUCCUGCGCGGGGAAGCCGAUGCAUUAGCAGCUGGCUCAGAUAGUCGAAGGAAGUCUUCUGUGAACGGUGGAGAUAAGGAGGCUGAAAAGGAAAGAGUGAUUGCCAUGACAGGGCGAUUGGCAGAGGACCUGAGGAGGACUCGAGGGGAUUUUCGAAAUGCCCAGUUACAAGCCAAACGGAAUGCCGAGCUUGCAAAGCGCACAGAGCGGGAACUGUUGCUGUCGAGAUCACAGUCCUCUUCUGAUCAGCAAAAAACUUCGGAGAAAUUUACGCAAGACGACCUGGUACUCAACGCAUCGAAUGAUGUGACCGCCGCAUUGCGCAGAACUCACCACCUUAUGCAGGCGGAGCUUUCCCGGAGCCAAUUUGCCCAAGAAACUCUCGAGCAAUCAACGGCCGCCAUAUCCUCUUUGUCCGAAUCCUAUACAAGCCUCGAUACUCUUCUCGCCAAUUCCCGCAGCCUGGCCAACUCUCUCCUUCGCUCCCAGAAAUCCGACACGUGGUAUCUUGAGACUGCGUUCUACAUUUUGAUUGGAACUAUUGCAUGGCUUCUCUUCCGUCGUAUUCUUUAUGGUCCUAUGUGGUGGCUGGUUUGGCUACCCUUCAAGCUUGUCUUGAGGGUUGUGUUUACUGGAUUGAGCGCAGUGGGGGUUUCCAGCACAACGAACCAGCUUUCAUCCGGCACUUUUGGUAAUGGCAUCUCAGCGGCCAUCCAGGAGACCGCUACUGCAAUUUCCGGAGGAACUGUCCCAACCGGCAAUACUGCCUGGGAUCAUGAAUCUUCGACAGAGGCAGAGGAAGAUCGAAUCAUCGAUGAAAUCGGACGCAUGGUUGAGAGUGAAGGAAAGAAAGACAUCAAUGAUCUGUCACCAGAGGAAAUGCAGCAACAAGAGGAUAUCCCUCGGAAUCCCAAGAAAAGAAUGUUCGAGGCGGAGGAACCAGUUCGGGAUGAGUUAUAG